AUGACCACGUUUUACGACUACUUUCUCGCCAAAGCCAACUACCAACCCGUGGACAAGACGAUGUGGGGCACGAUCCCCCACACCGUCAACGCGUACGAACGUUAUACGCCCCGCGAGAACAAGAUCGUGUUCCCCGCGACCGUCUUGCAGGCCCCCAUCUUCAACGCCAAGUUUGACGCGGCGCAGAACUUUGGAGCUUUCGACAAUUGCAGCCUCAACUUUGACGACAACGGCAACUGCAAAAAACAACUAUAG